AUGGCAAGUUUAGUGGAAACAGAAAAAAAUCAAAGUCAAACAGGUUCGAAAUGGCUCAAAACCCGUCACAUCCAAAUCGGCCUACUGUUCACUUGUGCCACCAUCAUGUUCGGCAUAAGGCAAGUCCUUUCUGUAGCAAUUGUGCCUAUGACUUCAGCUGACAUUUCUAGCAACCCUAAAAUACCAAUUCCAGUUAUAGCAGCCUAUCUUGGUUCUAAUGGAGUAAUAGCAAUGCUCAUAAUACAAGGCUUGUUUCAAAGCUUCUUGUUACCAAGCAUCAGUGGAAUGUUAGGCAGAUGGAUACCGCCUACGGAACUAUCAACUUCCACAGCCAUCGUGUAUUCAAGUGUCUACUUCGGUUUUAUAAUUGCUACAAUAAUAACUGGAUACUUGUCAGCUUCUCAGUGGGGCUGGCCAGCAUCGUUUUAUUUAUUUGGAGCUUUGGCGUUUGUUUGGUGCCUGUUUUGGUGGUUCUAUGGCGCAGAAACACCAGCAAGUCAUUCGAAAAUUUCGAUGGAAGAACGAAAUUAUAUCGAGCAUUCGUUGAGCCAGCAAAACGACCACUUGGUCAACCAAAAAUCCAUACCGUGGAUGGACAUUUUCAAGUCGCUGCCUUAUUGGGCUAUUAUUUUAGCUUCGAUUGGCGAAUCAUGGUCUUCGACUUUCUUUUCGACAGAACUACCCAGUUACUUGAGCUACGGAGUAGGACUUGAUAUAAAAAAUUCCAGUCUUUUUACAUCAGUUCCCCAAAUCGCAGGCCUAAUAGGUUCUUGGUGCUUCGGCCCUAUAUCAUCGCUAAUAGCACGAAAAAAUUGGCUCAGCACGGGAAAUUCUAGAAGAGUCUUCUACGCAAUCGGCAUGACGACUCCAGUAGCUCUUUUGGCACUCUCGUACAUAGAAAACAAGACAGCUAUAGCUGUCAUUUUAAUUACGGCCUAUACAGCUAGCUCAGCUAUAUUUUGCGGGCACUUGGUGAACCCUAUUGACUUGUCACCCAGAUUUGCCAGUGCUAUUUCGGGCAUUGCUAACGGGUUGGGUCAGCUGGUGGCCAUUUUGGCUCCUUUACUGGUGCAUUUCAUGGUUCCGGAUAAGACUGACAAAUCUGAGUGGAGGCACACUUUUAUACUAGCCUCCUGUGUAACGUUAUCUACGGGCGGUUUUUUCCUUAUCUUUUGCUCUGGAGAGAGGCAACCGUGGGAUGAUUUCAAUACUAAAUCAGUGGAAGAGGCUAAGAAGGAUGACCCGGAAUUCAAUGGAGUAUCGAAUCAAGCCUAUGUUUAUUAA